CGCUACGUCCUGUCCGUGGGAGGCCCCGUUUCGGGUUUGCUCGGUCGGCAGCUGGACGGCGUGUGGCACACCUCCAUCGUGGUGUACGGCAGGGAGUACUACUUCGGCAGCUCGGGCGUCCAGGACUCGGACCCGAGUGGCACCAUCCUCGGCAACCCCCUCAAGACAGUGGACCUGGGCAACACGUUCAUCCCAAAGCAGACCUUCCUAGACUACAUCACCGAACUCAACGAGUCCACUUUUAGAGGGUCGACCUACGACCUGUUUAGCCACAAUUGCAACAAUUUUAGCAACGAACUAGCUCAAUUCCUCGUAGGACAAGAAAUUCCCAAAUACAUUUUAGAUCUCCCUCAAGAAGUUCUUAGUACUCCCAUUGGCGCCUUGCUUCAGCCGCUGAUUGCCCAGAUCGCCGCCAGCGGGCACAACAUUCCCAACUUCCACCUCACGACAGGCCCCGGGUCUUCGGCGAACGUGCGGGCGCGGGAAGACUCGCCCGACCUCGUCAAACUCAACUCGGACAUCGAGGAGGCGAGGCUAGAGGCGCUGCGCUUGGCCGAGAAGCGCAACCGGAUAAGCGAGAAGAUCGCCAAGCGCGAGCGGAAGGAGCAGAGGAAGAAGCGUCGGGAGAGCUUCCCGGCAGAGCAGGACCCCGACGCUGGUGGUGGUGAUUCCAGGCGGCGCUCCCUGAUGGCCGACACGGAGGUGAACGGCGGCGGGCGCGCCGAGACGGAGUCCCCCGCGCGCGAGACGCGCAAGGACGGCAACAGCAUGGUGUCGGUGCUGGAGGAGCAGGAGAAGCGCGAGCGCGAGGAGCGGCGCCAGCUGGAGGAGGAGAAGCGCAUGCGCGACCCGCCCAUCGUCUUCCGGGAGUCCUGCGACCUCCGGGUCGAGUUCGACAAGCUGGUGGGGCUCAUUGACGGCAAGAUGAACGCGGACGAGCAGCAGUCGCUGGAGGAGCUGCACCUGUACAUGCUGGAGGACGAGGGCUCGUGGGCGCUCGGCGACGGCUUCCUCAACUUCAUCGGCCGCCUGCUGCACGACAAGACGCUGCCGUGCGAGGUGCGCGUGCACACGCUGCACGUCCUGGCGCUGGCCGCCCUCAAGGACGACUCCAUCCUGCUGCUGCACCAGGACCGCCGCGAGCACGUGCUCAUGAACUACGCCUUCGACGUGGACCGGCUGUCGCUCGAGGAGCAGCAAGCGCUCGCGCUAUUCGUGUGCAACCUGUUCGAGAACCUGAGCAGCUCCGAGUGGCUGCUGUACAUUUCCGAAUGGCAGUACUGCAACAACAACAUCAGCAACAUCCGGGUCACCACCAAGGUGGCCGUCAACUCGCUGCUCUCCGAGGACCCUCUCCUCAGGGACAGGGGCUCGGCCAUCAUCCACAACCUGGCCUGCAAGGAGAAAAUGUUACAAAACGCAAGUCUUAGAAGACUUUUGCCUCGCGGCUCCAAAUCAAAGGUGUUCGACGACGUGGCCGUGGAGCUGGCCAUGGCGCUGCUGCAGUUCUUCAACAGCAACCCGGCCGAGGAGCAGCUGUUCCGCACCAUGAAGGCCCUGGCGCGGUUCUGCCAGGUGGCGCCCAGCGACGUCCCGCAGCUGGUGCAGAUGAUCGGCCCGGAGCCCGCCAAGUUCAAGGGCACCUCGAAGCGCGUCGACGAGCAGAUCCAGGCGGUGCAGAGCAAGAUGCGCUGAGCGCGGCCGGGGCCGAGCCAGGCCGAGCGCUGCCAGACUGACUGAAGGCCUGAAGCAGCCUGAAGGCGCGCCGACGAGACGAAAUUACGAGUCGACAAGACUCUGGCGCGCCAUGGGACAUGGUAGGCAAGUUCUGUGAUGUAAUUAGUAAAUGAGUCAUUUUUAUUGUUUUUCUGUUCAAAUUUUAGCAGUCACACGUUGAUGUUGUUUUUUUUACUCUGUGUUUCGUGCCGCGUACUUACACUAUCUCAUAAUGAUCAACUUUUUACGGAGUUGUCGUAGCUUUUGCAUUUUUCUACAGUCGUUUUUGCAUUUUGCGUUUCCGCUGUGGUGGGCGCGCUCAGGGUGCAGAGGGGUACAUUGUAUACUUUUACCAUGAAAGCCUAUUUAUUUUUCAAGAAAGAUUGUAUGAAAAUAAAUUAUAAUUAUGUACAAGUGAUUCGAAUGCUGGAACGACAAUAUGGUUUUCGAUUAAUGAUAUUUGUAUGUCUGUAUUAUUGUAUGUGACAAACUAUGAAAUAAAAUGAUGAAAUCGGCAUGGAAUGUGUCAAACAAGACUUGAAAA